AUGAAAUUUUAUAGUUUAAUUGUAGUAGUACAAGUAUUGUACCUAUUUUUUUCUACUUCACUAACAUAUAAUGUAAAAUUUUCUGGAUGGUUUGAGUGUGGUAUUGGUUGCCGUUGUUCUGAUAGAGGUGCUAAUGGAUUAACUACUCAUCAUGUUAUUUGUAGCUGGAGAAAGAUUGAAACACAUUUUUUAACAUCAUUUCCUAAUAAACAUAAUGUAAGUACAAUGGAAAUAACAUGUCGAAGUCAUAAAUCAACGGGUCAAUCAUAUGGUAAAAAUGAAGGAAUGUUUGAAGGAUUUAGAAUGUUAAAUUUUUUAUCUAUAUCUAAUUGUUGGUUAGGAAAUUUACCAUUAAACUAUUUUUCAUAUCUUCCUUUACUUACAACUUUAAGAUUAGAACAUGCUAAAAUAGAUACUAUUCAUCCAUCUUUAUUUAAUACAAUGCCAAAUCUUAUGGUACUUAGUUUGGCAUAUAAUGAACUUAAUAGUGUUCCUAUUGCAAUAAAUUUUACCAAAUCAUUAAUUAAUCUUACAUUAUCAAAUAAUACUAUCAAUUUAAUACCAGAUUUUUUUAUAAAUUUAAAAAAUCUUGAAUUUCUUUAUAUAGAAAAUAAUAAUAUUGUUGAAGUAAGAACAUCAAAUUUACCUAAUUCAAUCAUAACAUUAUUUUUAAGAGGAAAUAAAAUAAGAAUAUUUGAUCAUCAUCCUAAAAAUCUACCAAAAUUAGAUACAUUAGAUUUAGGAAAAAAUGAAAUUGAAUAUAUUAGUUCAAGAUGGAAAACAACAAAUUAUUUUCCAACAACUCUUAGAAAACUUUAUUUAGAUCAUAAUAAGAUUUUUAAAAUCGAAGAUGAUAAUCCAUUUAGAGUUAUGCGUAAACUUAACUAUAUUAAAUUAAAUAAUAACUUACUUGAGAUAAUUAUUAAUAAAAAGUUGGCCUUUCAUAAUGAGGCUAUAGUUUGGAUGACUUUAGCUGGUAAUCCAUUGAAAUGUCAUUGUGAAAAUGAAUGGAUUGUUACUCAACAUUAUAAUAAUACGAGUAAAAUAAAAAUAGGAGAUUUGGAUGAUGUAACAUGUUCUGAUAUGUUAGUUCCUCAAAUAAGAUAUAGUAUUAAAAAUGCAUCAAAUGAUAAUAAUAUUUUAUGUUCAUAUGAUCAUAUCUGUAUUGAAGGUUGCCAAUGUUGCAUGUCACAAAAGCAUUGUAAUUGUUCAUUAAAUUGUCUACCUGAUUGUGAAUGUUAUUAUAGUAAAAAUAUAACAAAAUAUGGACCAGCAUCAAAUAAAAUAAAAUGUAAAGAAUUACGAUUAGAUAAAGUAUCAUUUUUACCUAAUGGAGUUACAGAAUUACAUUUAUUAAUGGAUAAACAUAGAUCUAAUGGUUUUAAAAAUAUACCAAAAAUGGAAUAUUUAAAAGUUUUAAAUAUGUCUGGUGGUAAUAUACUUACACUUGAAAGUAUAGAUUUAAGAAAAUUUCCAAAAUUAGAAACAUUGGAUUUAUCAAAUAAUGUUAUAGAUUCAUUAAUUGAGACUAAUUAUGAUAAUCUGGGAAAUAUUAAAAAUCUUAAUUUAGCAAAUAAUUUCCUCAAACAGAUUAAUGAUACUUUUUUAAAAUAUGUUACAAAUAAUCUAGAGAAAGUAUGGUUAUCAGGAAAUGGAACACGUUACAGAUGUGAUUGUAAUGAUAUUAAUAAAAUGAAUUAUCAAAUAUGGUUAGAAAGUUAUUCUAAUAGUAGAAAAGUUAUGGAUUUAGAAAAUAUAUUAUGUAGUAAUACUAUAAGUAGCUAUAAUUUAAAUAUGACACAGUUUUUACCUUCAUACCCUAAUAAUAAUAUAUGUUUAAAUGAAAAAACAACAACAAAUAGAGUGGCAAUUACAACACAUGAAAGUAGUAUAAGUACAUUAAAAAUAAAUGAUACCGGAAACAUCAAAAGAGAAGAAGAUCAUAAAAUUGAAAAAUGGAAUAAUGAUAAAAAAGAUGGUAAUAAUUUCUCAAGAUAUGAUGUACCGUUAGUUACUGAUUACCCUUCUACUAAAAAGGUAUUUGGUCCUGACAUAUCAGAUAAAAAAAUAGAAGAUAUAACAAAUUGGGUUGGUAUGAAACAGUUAUUGAGUCUUUUAAUUAUAGCUGGUAUAUUUUUUUUAUUAAAUGUAAUUUUUUACAUUAUUGUAUGCUAUACUGCCAGAAAUAGUAUUUUUAGAGAUAUACCUUUUAGAACACGUAAUCAUGAAGAAAAUGGUACUAGAGGCCCAAAUCCUGAAUCAGUUCCUUUAAGAAGUAUGAUAUAA